AACAUUUCAUAAAAGUCAAAACAAAUCAUUUUGGCCAAUAACAACGCUUGAACCUGUCAGCUGUACUAAGCGCGUCAUCGCUUCUCAUUGGUCAUUAUUUGUGUCUCUGUCGCGCCGCUCCGACCUUAUAAAUAUCAGCGCGAACUCGCGCCGGACCUCUUUUCCACAGUGUUAAUUCAGGGGGUUUUAGUCGGGUUAUUUUGUGAGCUAACUCUUAUUCAGAAUGCCGGAAACUUCAAAAAUGAAUGGAUACACAAAAACUAACGGACACAGUUAUGAUAUGGAAGAUGGAUCAGUGUUUCUUUUCACCUCCGAAUCGGUUGGUGAGGGUCAUCCAGAUAAAAUGUGCGAUCAAAUAAGUGACGCGAUUCUUGACGCGCAUUUAAGACAAGAUCCGGACGCAAAAGUAGCAUGCGAAACUGUGACAAAAACUGGGAUGGUCUUGCUGUGCGGCGAAAUCACCUCUAAAGCCAAUGUAGACUAUCAGAAGGUAGUCAGAGAAACCGUCAAGCACAUUGGCUAUGAUGACUCAUCUAAAGGUUUUGAUUGGCGUACACUAAACUUAUUACUGGCUAUUGAGGAACAAAGUCCAGAUAUUGCAAAAGCAUUUGAAGAUAGAGAAGAAAUUGAUCUUGGGGCAGGAGAUCAGGGCCUAAUGUUUGGCUAUGCAACAGAUGAAACAGAAGAAUGCAUGCCACUGACAGUAGUGCUCGCACACAGACUAAACCAGAAGAUUGCAGACUUGAGGCGAAAUGGAGAAUUCUGGUGGGCUCGCCCAGACUCCAAAACUCAGGUGACCUGCGAGUACAUCUUUGCCGGCGGCGCGACGGUGCCACAGAGGGUCCACACUGUCGUCGUUUCUCUGCAGCACUCUGAAAAGAUUACUCUGGAGACGCUGCGAGAGGAAAUCCGUGAGAAGGUCAUUAAGGAAGUGAUCCCCGCCCAGUACCUUGACGAGAGAACCGUCGUGCACAUUAACCCUUGCGGUCUUUUCAUCAUCGGAGGCCCACAGUCUGACGCGGGGCUGACGGGGCGCAAGAUCAUCGUGGACACGUACGGCGGCUGGGGCGCGCACGGCGGCGGCGCGUUCUCCGGCAAGGACUUCACCAAGGUGGACCGCUCCGCCGCGUACGCCGCGCGCUGGGUCGCCAAGUCGCUCGUCAAGGCCGGCCUCUGUCGCCGCUGCAUGGUCCAGGUGGCAUACGCCAUCGGCGUGGCGGAGCCGCUGUCCAUCACGGUGUUCGACUACGGCACGUCGCACAAGACCCAGCAGGAGCUGCUUCGCAUCGUACAGAAGAACUUUGACCUGCGGCCCGGCAAAAUCGUCAAGGAGCUAAACCUCAGAGCGCCGAUAUAUCAGAAGACCAGCACCUACGGCCACUUCGGCCGAGAGGGCUUCCCGUGGGAGGAUCCCAGGCCGCUCGUCGUAGAAUGACUUCAGACCUGAGCUCUAGAACAUUGUACAUAUUCCACCAUAAUUAUAACACUUAAUCUACGUGUGUCUUUGUAGCGAGGGCGCGGAGAUCGUAUCGCUGAUGUCUCUCUAUAGAGGAUUUAUGUUUGCGCGAUUCUAAUCUCGCCGGUGGAACCUGCGUUCCAACGGCGAAGGUUACACUCGCUGGAUUCAGUGUAAUUAUUAAGUAUUCAUUAGAUUAGACGCAUUAGACACGUAGGUUUAACACGGUGCCGUCAUAUCUGAAUUUGAGUUAGUUCAGGGGGUUCGACCGGGCAGUUCUAUCAUUUAAGAUAACAGUCUUUGAUUCGGAUUGAGAUAUUUGUGAUUAAUUUUUUAUGUAUGCCGUACCUAAUUGAUGAAUUAUGCCAGUGCAAACUAUGUAAUGAUUUUUAAAUGUUAUUUUACUUACUUAAAAGGUGGACUGCCUAACAAUCUCGAAUGUUUUUCAUUGUGAGCUUUAUGAUGUAAGUGCUAUGAUUACCGGUAGAGUAGACUACUUUCCUGGUCGCGUCACAGUGUAGCAAGGGCCGACUGAGUUACGGCCUGGCCACGACAUUGCGCGACUGUCUUUGGCUAAGGCGACAACCAUAAGUGGGAACGAAAGGUCCGAUCGCUGUCUCGCUCCAACCUAUGGUUGUCGCCUUAACCGAAGCCGGUCGCGCAAUGUCGUGGCCAGCGCGUCAGCUUUUGCUUGCUGCAAAUAUAGUUCUGCGCGGUGGCGUAUUCGCCAUUUAUUAUUAAGUUUUAGCUAUUUAAGUGUCAGUGAACUGCCUGCUAUUCAUGAAUUAUUCUAGCCAAUUAUUGUUGGCGCGGCGUUCCGCGCAGAACGAUUUGUGUUGUGUUUCCGAAAAGGAAAGGAAAGGAGCCAUUUUGAAAACACACCGACAACCCCAGGGCAGUAGUGCACUGUGCAUUUACCACGUUACGAUGAUUCCGCCGGUAGGCUUAAUUAGGCGCAAUCCUAAUCGUACAUUUUAUGACAUUAGAAUUUGGAAUUUUAACUAUUCGUAGGUCGGUUAGUGAAUAUUGUGAAUUAUAUACAUUUUGAUCUGUUUCGACCCGUUAAAAGUUUCUAAUUGACUUACUGUGGAAUAUCGAUUUAUCAGAUUGUGGAAUUUAAACUAAUAUUAAAAUUGUGUUCUCCCGGCACAUUAUCGGGAUUUGAAAA